AUGAUUCUCCGACCGUUCAGCAAAGAUCUACUUGCAGUAACACCAGCACAUAUCGUUAUAGCAUGCAAUCAAAUGGCUGGUACUCUAGAAAAAGAGCGAUUCACCUUAAAGCCUUCACGAACGCUACGCAGUGAUCAGCAUUUACGGGCAACUCCAAAACUAUUCAAAUUAGCCCGUGCAAACUAUUCCACCGGAGUACUUAUCAUUCCUGGUCUCUGUUAA